UAAAUAAGUGCAGCUAGUAAUUUAAAAUAAGUAUUAAAAAAUAAAAAAGUAUGUAAAAAAUGUUGGUCAAUUCAUAUAGUUGAGUAAAACAGUGAGAAAAAAGUGAAGAAAAAUCCUGUGAAAAAAAUCUACAUUGAGUUUUGCUAUAAACAAUUUUUAUCUUGUCAUUAUGUGUGGUAUCUUUUGUGAAAUCUCUAUCAAAAGUCAACAGUUUCAACAACAUGUUUGCCCAGAAUCUAUUCAUAAAAGCCUAAGUCGAAGAGGACCUGAUGUAUCAGGAAGUUGUGCAUUUGAAAUAAACAUAGACAGUAGACCUGUCUAUCUAAGUUUUGCUGGUUAUGUGCUUCAUUUACGAGGAAAUUUAACAAAGCAGCCAAUUGUUUCCAGUUUUGGUGAUGUUCUUUUAUGGAAUGGAGAAAUAUUUGGUGGAAAGCUUACGGUUGAUGAGUUUGCCAACGACACAGAAGUUCUAAUGAAAAAACUUCUUACUUGUUCAAAUAGUGAUGAAAUAGUUGACAUACUUUCUUCUGUUAAUGGUCCAAGAGCAUUUAUUUAUUACCAAGAUAAAAGCAAAUUGCUCUGGUAUGGGCGUGAUUGUUUUGGUCGAAGAAGCUUGUUAUCAUGUAUUAAGCAAGAUUCUUUUGUUCUUUCAUCUGUUGGAAGCAGAAAUUUAGAAAUGGAAUUUGAAGAAGUUCCUGCAAAAAAUAUUUACUGCUUGCAUCUUAGUGAUAUUCAUGAAAAACCAUUUUUAGAUGCUAUUCAAAUGUACCCAUUAUCUUUAUUGCCUCACAAAAUAGACAACACUUUGUAUCUUUAUGAACAUCGAUGUCUCAAACCAAUUUUUACAGAGAACCAACUAAUAAAUAAUAAUUUUCAAAACAAAUUAUUAAGAUUUUUCGAAAAUUUAAAUAUUGAAUUUCAUGAUGAAAAAAAUCUUCCCUCUGUCUGUUGUUGCUUAGCUAAAUUGAUACAUCUAUCAAGUGAUAAUGAAUUCCCAAAAAACAAAGAAACUAGUUGCAAGUGCUGCUUGUGUGAAAAUGAGACAUUUUUUGAUCGACUUAGAGCUGUGGAUAAAGUUAAUGCUUCAAGUUCUAUUAAGUACUGCUCUAUUGAGUUAUUGCAAAGUCAAUUUUAUGAAAUUUUAUUAAAAUCUGUUAGAACACGUGUUAACAACCUACCUAGAGAAAAUUUCAAUGAAUCGUGCGAUAAAAAAGUAAGUGGUUUCAAAAAACCAUGUGUUGGAAUUCUUUUUUCAGGUGGUAUUGAUUCAGUUGUUUUGGCAUCUCUUGCUGACUUAUGUGUCCCAAAGUAUGAGCCUAUUGAUCUUAUAAAUGUUGCUUUUCAACAACAUAUCUCUACAUUUAAAUUAGGUUCAAAGAAACACCAAACUACUAACAAAACAGUUCAUUUUGAUGUCCCUGAUAGAAUAUCAGGAAGGCUUGCAUUAAAAGAGUUACCAACUGAUAGAGUAUGGAAUUUUAUUGAAGUUGAUGUUACAUUAGAUGAGCUUAAAGAAGAAAGAAAAAAUAAAAUUGCCGAUUUAGUAUAUCCCCUGGAUUCUGUUCUUGAUGACAGUAUUGGUUGUGCUCUUUGGUUUGCUGCACGAGGUAUUGGGAAAUUGUAUUCAGUGUCAUGCAAUAACUCUUUUAGUCUAAUUGAAGAAUAUUAUGAAAGUCCAGUGAAGGUUUUAUUGUGUGGAAUGGGAGCUGAUGAGCAACUAGGGGGAUAUUCAAGACACAGAUCAAAAUAUGAAUCUUCUGGAUGGGAUGGUUUAGCUGCAGAGAUGCAUAUGGAGUUAGAUAGAAUAUCAUCAAGAAAUCUUGGAAGAGAUGACAGAUGUAUUUCUGACCAUGGACGCGAAGUUAGAUUUCCAUUUCUUGAUGAAAACGUGGUUUCGUAUCUUUCGAAACUUCCAACAUGUGUUAAGUGUGAUCCUCGUUUGCCACGUGGGUUUGGAGAAAAAAUAUUGCUUCGUGAGCUUGCUGGUUCCCUAGGUCUUCGUUACUGUAGCUCGUUGCCAAAAAGAGCUAUUCAGUUUGGUUCGAAAAUUGCUAAAAUAGAGGGAUCUAAAGAAAAGGGAGCGGAGCGUUGUGACAGACUUAAAUAACUCUUAGUAAUUUCUUAUCCUUUAAAUAAAGUUAAAAAGAAGUUUUAUCAAAUUAGAUUUUGUUAAGAAGGUUUUGAGAAAAUCAUUUAAGUUAUUAUUCAUUCGAAUAAAAGUUAAUUAUAAUUUCGUUAACUUGUAUACUAUAGUUUCAUUCUUUUCUGAGGAGGUCAAACAGCUGGGACAAAUUAACCCUAGUAUCAGAAAAGAUUCUCCUUUUAAAUAAUGUAAUAUUUUUUCAUUAAACGGAAUAUUGUUUAUGUAACACAAUUAUAUAAAGUAUAGUUUAUUAAAUAAAUACUCAAGAGUAAAGACUA